AUGGCGCACCGCAUCAUCACCCAAAUUAUCUUCACAGGCACCAGAGUCCUAGGUCGCGCUUUCGCCGAAGCCUACAGACAAGCCGCAGCAUCCUCCCAACAUUCUCGGGCAGCAGGUGCCAACACCAGUGGUCCCGGUACUGCCAACAGUUUCGCCUCCUCCGGUCUCACCCUCGAUGAAGCAUGCAAGAUUCUCAACGUCAAGCCACUACAAGGCGGGAAAACGGAUAUGAACAAUGUGAUGGAGAGAUUUAGGACUAUGUUUGAUAGGAAUGAGCCGACUAAGGGGGGAAGUUUCUAUCUCCAAAGCAAGAUAUUGCGAGCGCGGGAAAGGAUAGAGCUGGAGGUUAGGGAAGCGACAGAGGCUGUGGAGAGGGAGGCGGAGCUGAGAGAGGGAUGGAAGCCCAAGUGA